CUCUUCUCUCACUCUAACUCAAAUACUUUGAAAAUUAAUUUCAGCUGAAACAACAACAACAAGAAGAGGAAGGAAGAGAUCUCCCCUACUUCAACUCAAAGUAAGGAAUUCUCUAAAGGCGUUUCGAGAUUUCUUCGCACAAUAUUUGUUUAUAUUCUUUUAAGAUUAAAUGAAGCUUCCUGUGAUGCGUUAUUCUUCUUUGGUUUUAACCGACAAAAACCUUUUAGAACCUCGUGUUGUUUUAUGUGAUUUGGUUUUCUUCAAAUCUAUUAGCGCCGUAUGAAAUUUUGUGUUAGCUGAAUUAGAGGUUUUCGCAGUGGUGGCAGUGGUGGAAAUUGUGAUUAGUUUAUUUAUUUAUUUGAUGAAUGUGUAUGGGAAUUUGAGUCAUUUUCUCAUAUUAGAUUCAGAGUGUGAAAAUGCCUGAAGAGAGGAGGAGAAAGAGGCAUUUUGGAAAACUUUAUUCGUUUUCGUGUUGUAAGAAUUUGCCUACUGACGAUCAUGCUCAAAUUGGGCAAAGCGGGUACUCGAGAGUGGUUCAUUGUAAUGAUCCUGAUAACCCGGAAGCUCUUCAGCUCAACUAUAGGGGGAAUUAUGUGUCCACUACUAAGUAUACAGCGGCUAAUUUUCUUCCCAAGUCUUUGUUUGAGCAAUUUAGGAGAGUUGCAAAUAUCUAUUUUCUAGUUGUGGCAUUUGUUUCGUUUAGUCCGUUGGCACCGUAUUCCGCACCUAGUGUUCUUGCACCUCUUUUAGUGGUGAUUGGUGCAACUAUGGCCAAGGAAGGUGUGGAAGAUUGGAGGCGAAGAAAGCAGGAUAUAGAAGCCAACAAUCGCAAGGUCAAAGCGUAUGGUAAAGGUCAUACUUUUAUUGAGACCAAAUGGAAGAAUCUCCGGGUAGGUGAUAUUGUUAGGAUUCAUAAAGAUGAAUAUUUUCCUGCUGAUCUGCUACUGCUUUCAUCAAGCUCUGAGGAUGGGAUAUGUUAUGUUGAGACGAUGAGCCUUGAUGGAGAGACCAAUUUGAAAUUGAAGCGUGCCUUGGAAGUGACAUACUCUUUACGUGAUGAAAAAUCCCUUCAGAAUUUUACAGCAAUGGUCAAGUGUGAGGACCCAAAUGAACAUCUGUAUUCUUUUGUUGGAACAUUGUUCUAUGAUGGCAAAACAUUUCCGCUUUCACCACAGCAGAUUCUUUUGAGGGAUUCCAAGCUGAGAAACACUGAUUAUAUCUAUGGUGUAGUUGUUUUCACCGGACAUGACACAAAAGUGAUGCAGAAUGCUACAGAUCCUCCUUCCAAGAGGAGCAAGAUUGAGAGGAAAAUGGAUAAGAUUGUGUAUGUCCUUUUUAGUACUCUUAUUUUCAUAUCAUCUAGUGGAUCUGUGUUUUUCGGAAUUAAAACUAAAAAAGACAUCUCUAAUGGAAAGAUUAGGCGGUGGUAUCUUAGACCAGAUGCAACGACUGUGUUUUAUGAUCCCAGAAGAGCGACACUUGCUGCAUUUCUUCAUUUCUUGACAGGCCUUAUGUUGUAUGGAUAUUUAAUACCAAUAUCAUUAUAUGUCUCCAUUGAGAUUGUUAAGGUUCUACAAAGUAUUUUUAUCAAUCAAGAUCGUGAUAUGUACUAUGAGGAAGUAGACAAGCCAGCACAUGCUCGAACAUCUAAUUUAAACGAGGAACUUGGUCAGAUUGAUACUAUACUAUCUGAUAAAACUGGUACUUUGACAUGUAAUUCCAUGGAAUUUGUCAAAUGUUCAAUAGCAGGCAUUGCUUAUGGCCGUGGUAUGACAGAAGUAGAGAGGGCUCUGGCCAAGAGACGAAGGGAUAGGCUAUUUGAAGUUGAUGAUUCUAUAACUGAUGCAGGCCAAAAUAGUAAUAACAUUCAGUCAGGGAAACCGGUUAAGGGAUUCAACUUCAGAGAUGAACGCAUAAUGAAUGGACAGUGGGUGAAUGAACCACAUUCAGAUGUCAUACAGAAGUUUUUUCGACUAUUAGCAAUUUGCCAUACAGCAAUACCUGAUGUAAACAAAGAAUCGGGUGAAAUUACUUAUGAAGCUGAAUCACCGGAUGAAGCAGCCUUUGUCAUAGCUGCGAGGGAGCUUGGCUUUGAAUUCUUUGGAAGCACACAAACAAGUAUCUCAUUGCAUGAGUUAGAUCCUGUGAGUGGUAAAGUGGUAAAAAGGGUAUACGAGCUUCUUCAUGUGUUGGAGUUCACUGGUUCUCGCAAGAGAAUGUCUGUGAUUGUGAGGAGUCCGGAGAAGCAGUUGUUGCUCCUUUGCAAGGGUGCAGACAGUGUGAUGUUUGAAAGGCUCUCAAAAGAAGGACGUCUCUUUGGGGCUGAGACCAGAGUACACAUCAACAGAUAUGCUGAAGCAGGUCUACGGACAUUGGUAAUUGCAUACCGUGAACUUGAGGAACACGAGUAUAGAAGAUGGGAAGAGGAGUUUUCAAAGGCCAAAAAUUCUCUGACUGCAGAUCGAGAUGCUUUGGUGGCUGCAGCUGCUGAUAAGAUAGAAAGGAAUUUAAUUCUUCUUGGUGCUACUGCUGUUGAGGACAAACUACAAAAGGGGGUUCCAGAAUGCAUUGACAAGUUUUCACAGGCUGGAAUACAUAUAUGGGUCUUAACUGGUGAUAAAAUGGAAACUGCAAUAAAUAUUGGGUAUGCCUGUAGUCUACUGAGACAAGGAAUGGAGAAUAUUGUGAUCACUCUAGACACACCAGAGAUAGAAGCUUUGGAGAAGCAAGGGGAUAAGGAGGCCGUUGCUAAGGCUUCUCUUGAAAGUGUGCAAAUGCAAAUAACAGAAGGAAGAUCUCGAAUUCCUUCAGAUAAAAAUAAUCCAGUCAAGUUUGGUUUGGUAAUUGAUGGCAAGUCACUGGAUUGUGCUCUGGAUGAGAAGCUAAGCAACAUGUUCUUGGAUCUUGCACUCAACUGCUCCUCUGUUAUAUGCUGUCGCUCUUCACCCAAACAGAAAGCUCUUGUUACAAGACUGGUGAAAGGAACAGGUAAAACAACACUAGCAGUGGGCGACGGGGGAAAUGAUGUUGGUAUGCUUCAAGAGGCUGAUAUUGGAGUCGGCAUCAGCGGUGUUGAAGGAAUGCAGGCUGUGAUGUCAAGUGAUUUUUCAAUAGCUCAAUUUCGUUAUUUGGAACGUCUGUUGCUGGUGCAUGGCCAUUGGUGUUACAGACGAAUAGCAAUGAUGAUUGUUAUUUUUCUAAAGAACAUCACAUUUGGGUUCACUCAUUUUGGUUUGAGGUCUAGCUUCAUUUUCUGGUCAGCCAGCAUACAAGAUUGGUACAUGUCAUGCUACAAUGUCUUCACCUCACUUCCUGCCAUUAAUGCUCUUGGCGUUUUUGAUCAGGAUGUUUCAGCAAAACUCUGCCUCAAGUAUCCUUUGUUGUAUCAAGAGGGAGUACAGAACAUCCUAUUUAGCUGGCUCCGCAUUCUUGGAUGGAUGUCUAAUGGAAUUCUUAGUUCCAUAAUUAUCUUCUUCUUCACCACCAACUCCAUUUUUAACCAAGCUUUCCGGACAGACGGUAAAGUGGUUGAUUAUGAAGUCUUUGGCGUCACAAUGUAUACUAGCGUAGUGUGGGUUGUCAAUUGCCAAAUGGCACUUUCCAUCAACUACUUCACUUGGAUCCAGCACUUCUUCAUCUGGGGAAGCAUUGCCUUGUGGUAUCUGUUUUUAGUGAUUUAUGGUUCGCUCCCAACAACGUUUUCGACAACAGCAUACAUGGUUCUUGUCGAAGCAUGUGCUCCGAGUCUACUCUAUUGGCUCACCACCCUUCUUGUUGUUGUUUCCACUCUACUACCAUAUUUUUUCUACAGGGCGUUUCAGGUACGAUUUCGACCAAUGAUCCAUGACAUAAUCCAACAGGAGGGAUUGAAAGACCAGGAUACUGAAACUAGUGAGUUGCCUGCCAGAGUGGAAGUCAAAAUGCAUCAUUUGAAGGCAAAUUUGAUGCAGAGGAACACAUGAAACUCAACUGAACUCAAACAUGUCUGACCAAGUUACUAAGGUUGUGUGGUUUUGUACAUGCUACAGUGGCAGUUUAAAGAUAGGGAAUAGGUUGGAAUAUAAGUAUAACUUUGUGUACAAUAGAAUGUGUAAAGCUGAUUUAUUAAAGUUAAGGCUUUUUUAUUGUCUAUCUGAUCUUUGCUCUGGAGACCCUUCUUCGCCAGAGCCAAGAAUGUGUAAUUGUCUCAUCGUUUGGUUGUGUAUAGAAGGUUUUGCAUAAUUCCAGAAAAUCUAGUUGGUUUUAUUUAUCACAUUGACAUUUA